UUUUUAUCUCUAUGUGCAUGCAAUGCCCCAGGAGAACGAAAGGAGGCCGGAGGAAGAGGGAGAGAAAUAACCCAGGAGCCUCUUUGUCCCGGAAGUGGAAGGAUUCGGCUGCCCUCACAAGCAAGGCAAUUAGAAGGGGAGAGUAUCUCUCAGCAAUCAUGGUUUCUGCAAAGCAGCUGGCUGACUUUGGCUAUAAGACCUUCUCAGGCUCCAUGAUGCUCCUUACGCUGUAUGGUGGCUACCUCUGUAGCCUCAGAGCAUAUCGCUAUUUCCAAAACAAGAGUGCCAUGAAGCAGCUUGAGCAGCAGGAGAUAGUAUCUGCCAUUAAAGACUGAACACUGCCUUCCCAACAUCUGACCCCAUGAAACUUGCUGAACAUGACAUUGCAUUCAUGUUCAGUAAAGACUUCUAAGUGCAUCUCCAAGAAUUUUGGUCAUAAAAACACAUUUAACGCUGUGAUGUUUAAGAAGAUGGAAGCGAGUUCACUAUUAUGUAAUUAUUACAUUUCUUGUUUGCAGUUUCUUUCUCCUUUCUGUAAAUAGAAGCUGAGAACUUUAAAUAUAAAAGAUACAUUUAUAGAA